AUGUCAAACACUGCUGCUCCCGAUGCUUCGUCCAGCCCAGGUCUGACAGAAUCCGGCCUCUCCCCGGACCAAACCGCCACUCUCGACCUUGUUGCUCUUCAAAUAAGCCAUCUCCAGGACAUUGGCCGACUCAUCGAAAUGCUACGUAACUCCGACCCCGACCAGGCCGCGCAUAUCAUGUUCAGGGCUCCCUGUGAGCUACGCUGCUUCCAAGACCAAACGCUUUAUCUGGCUCUCCGCGAAAUCUGCGAUUGUUAUGAGUAUCUCCGCACAGCGGCCGCCGGUGGACAACAUCUCACCGAUAUCCUUGAAUUCAUGGCCGAAAUUAGUCCUCGUCUUCAGCUUGUGAUUACCGCGAUGAGGUUUAUGUUGCUGAACCCGGCCAGUGCGUAUAACGAUCUUUAUGAACCGCUUGCAGCCGAUGUACUCGCUGUUGACGCUAGGUUCUGUCGCGCCACCAUCAGAUCGAUGCACGGGGAACCCGGUGAGCCCCUGAUCAGCGGGCGUAGAGUGGAAGAGCGGUUUCUGUAA